AUGUUUGGAAUUGACCCGAGAGAAUUGUGCGCGCCGCAGGGCGUGCUGGCGCGCUACGAGGAGGCGGCGGCGUGGCGCUCGGCCUGCACCGUCUACUCGGCCGCGCUGCUGCGCGCCAGGGCGGCGCUCGGCGCACAGCCGCCGGCGCGCGCCGCGCUCGAGCUGGCCGCGCUCGAGGCGAUGCGGCGCGCGAUCGAGUUCAACCCGUUCGUGCCCGCGUACCUGCUCGAGCUGCGGCCGCUGGCGCUGCCGCCCGAGCACGUGGUGCGGCGCGGCGACAGCGAGGCGCUCGCCUACGCGUUCUGGCACCUGCGCCACUGGCGCCACGUGGACGGCGCGCUGCGGCUGCUGGCCGCCGCCGCGCAGGCGCAGCCCCGCAGGCGGCCCGCGCCCGCGCUCGGCCGCGCCGACAGGUGCCGCGCGUGCGGCGCCUGCGGCGACCGCGAGCUGCUCGGCGGCGGCGGAGGGGCGUGGGGCGUGGGGCGCGGGGGGCGCGUGGGGCGGGGCGGGGGGCGGCGGGGGCCGGGGCGGGCGCGCGCGGCGGCUGUGGCGCGCGCGGCGGCGGCGCUGUGCGUGGUGGGCGCGCUGGCGGCGCUGGCGCUGCUGCGCUGGCCGCGCGCCGCCGCCGCCGCCGCGCUGCUGCACCCCGCCGCGCUCAUGCGCCUCCUCACCGCCGUC